AUGGGGUUUGGAGAUAAAUGGAGAGCCUGGAUGGGAGAAUGUGUUGGCUCGGCCCACUUCUCCAUUCUUCUUAAUGGUUCCCCAAAGGGGUUUUUCAAAAGCUCGAGAGGUUUGAGGCAGGGAGACCCCCUCUCCCCCUUCUUAUUUCUUAUCGUGGGGGAGGCUCUGUCUAGAAUUCUCCUUAAAGGUCAAGAGGAAGGCAUCUUCAGCAGGAUCAAAAUCAAAGGCAUGCCAAGUCUGAUUUCUCACAUUCAGUAUGCAGAUGACACCCUAAUCUUCUUUGAUGCUUCGAUCGAAAAGGUGGACAAUCUUCAAACCACUAUCCGAUGCUUCCAAGUGGUUUCUGGUCUAAAGGUGAACUUGACGAAAUCAAAAAUUUUCGGGAUCAAUAUGGAAAGAGAUGAGGUUGAAUCGCUGGCCCAACUCUUUGGAUGUGCCGCUGCUUCUCUUCCGUCUUCAUUUGUGGGUCUUCCGUUAAGCAUCGAAAAACCUUUCAAAUCUAUUUGGGACAAAGUUAUCCUCCGAUUUCAGUUGUAUCUGGAGGUCCUCUCAGCUGUUGGAUUUGUGCUCGGGAAUGGUGCCAAAAUCUGGUUUUGGGACGACAUUUGGAUUGGGGAUAAGCCGCUAAAGAUUACAUUCCCUAACAUGUACCUUCUAGCCUCUUCUAAAGACUCUUACGUUGCGGAUCGUUAUGCAGUUAUUGCCGGAAAAAUUGUCUGGAAUGUGCAAUGCAAAAGGGGCCUCCAAGAUUGGGAGAUUCCAGAAUUUGCAGGCCUUUUGGAGAGGAUAUAUGCAGCGGCCCCUUCCCCUCCGUCUGAGGACAACAUUUAUUGGAGACCAGAUCAAUCCUCCUCCUUUUCUGUUCGAUCCCUCUAUAACCAGUUGCACUUGCAGCAGCCCACCCCCAAGGCAAAUCUUUCUUUUCUUUGGAAAUACCCAGCUUCCCCAAAAGUUCUCGCUUUCGAGUCUGUUGAUCACUUGCUUCUGCACUGCUCUUUCAUUCAGCCCAUAUGGGCUAACUUUCUGCUUCGGUUCAACUUAGACAGGUGUUUUCCGAGCGAGGUGAACCACCUCCUUCAGGCAUGGCAUGGGGUGAAAUUAGGAAAAUUGAAAACAAUUAUCUGGAGAAUGGCCAUUUUCGCCGUUUGGUGGUUCUUUUGGGGAGAAAGGAACAAUGGAUGCUUCAGGAAUUCCUCCAAUCUUGCUGGGGUGGUUGCGUCUAAGGCUAAACGUUUCAUGAUCGAGUGGGCUACAAAUGUUAAGGGUCUUUUUGGCUGUGAUUUUUUCUUCUUAGGAGUGUAG